ACCAAAAACGCGGAAGUGUGAAUGUAUAGUGGCUGUGGGACACCACGGCUGAAAGGGAACGCGCGCCGGACGUCCUUCAGUGGAAAAAGCUCACCAUGUUAUGGUUCUGUUUCUGCGCUGUCACGUUUCUCCACACGGAGUCCCACCCCUAAAAACACAUGUGCUUGAAUGGGUGGGUCGUCGAGGCGCAUGGACCGCUCCGCCUCCCAUCUGCAAGACGCUGCGUGGAAGGACAGCGAGACAAGAGGCGAGACGGCACUAAAAAAAACGUUUAAAAGGCUUUUUUGAUAGUAAUCGGCAUGCGGCCGGUUUGGUUCGUGUGCAGUCAGGAUGAGGGGAGUCUGACGCGCCCCUGGAAGAAAGUAAGCGCAGUCUUGUGUUUACAUUGGCGCACACCCGAGCCACGUUUCUAGCUUGCGAGAUUGCCACGGACAAAAACAAGAGGCGGAGGGAGAGGAAACUACAUUUUGAUUCAUGACAGCAAGCCUUUUGGGAGUGGCAACAUUUUUUAUUUUUUGAGCCAAAAAAAAAAAAAGUUUUAAAUGUCACAGCUGGAAGCCCCCCCGGGUGACAGUGACGGUAGCCACAUGCAGGACAAGAGGUUCCCGCUCACUUACAUCGGCUGGUCGGUACUGGACCGCCGCACCACGCUGCCGAUGUUGCCGUGGCUGGUGGCCGAGAUCCGGCGGAGGAGCGAGCGGGGCGACUGCGGCCCCGCCAUGCAGCCUCGGGAGGUACAGUUGGUGCUCCACUGUCCCUUCCUCCGCUGCGUUCCGUGCUCCUCUUCUUCUUCAACGUCCAACAACAACUAUUCGGUAUUUAUCUUCGAGCACAAGGCGCAGCACAUCUCCCGUUUCAUGCACAACAGCAACGACCUCACCUAUUUUGCCUACCUGCUGCGGGCCCACCCUGACAAUCCCGAAGCUGAGAUGUCCUGUCACGUGUUCAAGGCCAACGACCCCAAUCAGGUGUCCGACGUGAUCAGCAGUAUUCGCCAAAUGUCUAAAUCGGCCCUCAAGGAAGACACUAAACCAAAACAGGAAGCCGACGAGGCCUUCUACAACUCUCAGAAGUUUGAAGUGCUCUAUUGUGGCAAGGUGACAGUGGGGCACAAAAAAGCUUCGUCCACGCUCAUCGACGACUGCAUCGAUAAGUUUCAGCAACAUGAAGUCAAGCGAAAGCGACUCCUUAAUGGCCAGCGAGGCUCCAUGGACAAGAUCCCUGUAGAGUUCUGUAUUGGUGUGGGAGGAGAUCCACUCUCCUCUGUUUUGAAUGAGAAGAAUGAGGACGUUGAAGCACUUGGAGAGGACAUAACCGCGGAACCCGUCAUGUCUGUCAGCAGUAGUCAGAACAACCUGAGAGGAGCAUACCCUGAGUCCAUCUUGGAAGAUUCUGGUUUUCAGGAACCCCAGGAGUUCCGAACGCGCUGCAGUAGCCUGGCGGGAAGUCUGCAGAGGAAACCCGUAGAAGGUGUCGGCUUGGACCCAGUAAGACGCAGACACGCCAGCGCUCCCAACAACGUUCAGCCGUCUGAUUCGGACAAAAACAGAACCAUGCUUUUCCAGGUCGGGCGUUUUGAAGUAAACCUGAUAAGUCCAGACAGCAAAACGGUGGUGCUGGAAAAAAACUUCAAAGACAUUUCAUCUUGUUGUCAGGCUACCAAGCAAACAGACCAUUUUGGGUUCAUUUGUCGUGACACUUCAGAAUCUGGUCCCAGCCAGUAUGUGUGCUUUGUUUUCCAAUGCGCCAGCGAGUCUCUGGUGGACGAGGUGAUGCUAACCCUGAAGCAGGCCUUCAGUACGGCAGCCUCCUUACAAAGCAAUAAGACUCCGAUCCAGUUAUGUGAGGCCUGCCCCAUGCACGACCUACACAAGCUCUGCGAACGCAUCGAAGGCCUCUACCCACCAAGAGCAAAGCUGGCCAUCCAGAAAUAUCUCUCCCAGCUGGCAGACAAUGAGCAAGUGGAGAUAUUCGAGCGAGUUCAGCGACUGAAGCCCAGUUCUGACCAAGAAGAGAACGAACUAGUGAUUUUGCAUCUUAGGCAGCUGUGUGAAAGCAAGCAGAAGACACACCUCCACAUUGGGGAGACCCCUCAACAAAACAAUUCUACAAGUGACGGUGCAGCCACGGGCAGCCGCUUUAAACUGGACAUCCUCAAAAACAAGGCUCGCUCGUCCCUCACCAGCUCUCUGGAGAACAUCCUGGCGAGGGGAGCCAGUCGGAUGCGAGGCCGUUUGGGCAGCAUGGGAAGCAUGGGAAGCAUGAGCAGCUUUGACAAACAGGAUGAAGAAUCCACAGGUGUUUCCCCGCCGGCUUCCCCGCCUCCGUUCCCAGACGAUGACCCCGAAGCGGGCCAGCAGUUCCGCAGGCGCGCUCACACCUUUAGCCACCCACCUGUGAAGAAGCGCAUCUCCUUCGACGGCCAGACGGGCAACCUGACCAAGCAGGCGCCUUUGCGCAGACAACACUCAGCCACUUUGGAAGCUCUUCAGAGCAGUCCCAGGGCCGCUUCGAGAACGCGCAGUUUAUCGGAGAGCCAGUCCUUCACCCCCCCCUCCUCCUUCUCGGCUCCCACUUUCCUGAAGAGCAUUUACCAGGGCUCGCUGGGUUCCCUGAGCUCGCUGACGGACAGUGGGAGCAUCAAGAGCGGUAAUGGCGAAGGCAGAAAGAGGACACUGUCAGGCUGCAGCAGCGACUCAGUGAGUGGAGUGCCGCCAAGCCCGCGCAAGGUUUCGUGGAGGCAAAAGAUCUUCCUGCGGGUCGCCUCGCCCAUGGGCAAGACCUCCAUGCACCAUUCAGACCAGUCAGAUGCCAGGGAGCUGUUGCCGCUCUCCCCUCGCGGCUCGCAUUCGAGCGCAGACCCUCUAAGUCGAGGAGGGGAUCGGCCAAAGAGGACGUCGGCAGACUACCGAACACUGUGGAAAACCGCCAUCCGUCAGCAAAUCUUGCUGCUGCGCAUGGAGAAGGAGAACCAGAGGCUGGAGGCGAGUCGGGAUGAGCUGCACAUCCGCAAAAUGAAGCUGAGCUACCAGGAAGUGGGCCCUGACUCCCAAGAGGCGCAGGCGUUGUGGGAGAAAAAACUGACGGCACCGGGCAGGACCACGGUGCGGCAGGAUCCGGAAGCUCUGUACCGCGCUCUCUGCCAAGGUGUUCCCAAAAACCGUCGAGGCGAGGUGUGGUUGCUGCUCAGUCAUCAGCACCGCUUGUGUCGCAGACAUCCGCCGCGCCAGCCGGCCGCCGACACACCCUACAGGGAUCUGUUGAAGCAGCUCACUGCACAGCAACAUGCCAUUCUGGUGGAUUUAGGUCGGACCUUCCCCAACCUUGAGUAUUUUUCUACACAGCUGGGUGCUGGGCAACUUUCACUUUACAACCUGCUUAAAGCCUACUCUCUGCUGGACACGGAGGUGGGCUACUGUCAGGGGGUCAGCUUUGUGGCUGGCGUGCUUCUGCUUCACAUGAGCGAGGAGCAGGCCUUCGACAUGCUCAAGUUCCUCAUGUACGACCUCGGCAUUAGACGCCAGUACAAGCCCGACAUGGUCUCUCUGCAGAUUCAGAUGUACCAGCUUUCCAGGCUGCUGCACGAUUACCACCGCGACUUAUACAAUCACCUGGAGGAGUACGAAAUCUGCCCGAGCCUGUACGCCGCGCCGUGGUUCCUCACGCUGUUUGCUUCACAGUUCCCCCUCGGCUUCGUCUCCCGGAUUUUUGACUUCCUAUUCGUCCAGGGCUCAGAAGUCAUCUUCAAAGUUGCCCUGUGCCUCCUGAGCAGCCACCAGGGGGAGAUAGUAGAGUGUGACAGCUUUGAAAGCAUUGUGGAUUACCUGAAAACGACGCUUCCCAGCCUCACUCAGGCUCAGAUGGAACAGACCAUUGCCAAGGUGACAGAGAUGGACAUCUCCAAGCAGCUGCACACGUACGAGGUGGAGUACCACGUACUACAGGAUGAGGUGGCCGAAGGCGGCCCCGCGCCAGACGACUCGGAGCGCCUGGACAAGAUGGAGAAGACAAACGCUCAGCUCAAAAAACAAAACAUGGAGCUGCUAGAAAAACUUCAGGCGGCCCGGCAGAAGAUCCAAACCCUGGAAACUAACGUGGAGAACUUCCUGUCCCGCGAAAGCAAAAUGAAGCACAUGAUCCGCACGCUGGAGCAGGAAAGGGCGGCGCAACAGAAGACUAUCGAGCGCAUGCGCUCGUGCCUCCCGCCUGACGCUUUUGGCAAUGUAGAGAUGACCCACAUCAAGUCGGCGUCGUCGUCACCCGACGCGAAAACCAAAGCUGGUGCCAAGAAGCCUUAAUUUUGCAGGGGUCCAUUUCCGGUACUUGCUACACUACUGUUCCUCUUAGCUUCCACUGACAACAAUUCAUUCAAUUGACUUAAAAUGCGAGGACUUACUACGAACGCUCAUUUUUCGGUGCCAUUGACGGCGCUGGACGUCCAAUCCAUUCGGACUGGGAGUUGGUAAAUGAUCGCCAGUGAGUUACUAAGUUACCAUAUUUGGCGACAAAUAAAGUGGACCGGCCCGCAUGAGAUAUAAGGCAAGGCAAAUUUAUUUGUGCAGCACAAUUCAACACAAGAUCAUUGAAAGUGCUUUACAACACGUGAAGAUACACAAACAGAGAUAAAAUGAUUCGUUAGUUAAUUUUUAACAGCGUGCAGGGGUGCCCAAGUCCGGUUCUCAAGAGCCCCUAUCCAGCUUGUUUUCCCAUGUCUCCCUCCUUUAACACACCUGAGUCAAAUGAUCAGCUAAUCAGCAUGAGCCUGAUAACAAUCCUGAUUAUUUGAUUCAGGUGCGUUGGAGGAGGGAGACACAGAAAACUAGGCCUGCAUGCAGGACUGAACUCGGACGGCACGCAGGUCAGGGUGGUGGCAGAUUGUUCACCUCUCAUCAUCUAAUGAGAAUCUAACAUUCUCAAAACUUGCCUCUUUUUGGGGGAUUAGAAAUACAUUCACACACCUAGGAGAAAAAUAACCCCAUUAAAGAGGGUCCUACGAAAAAGGCACUUCUGGCCUGUGUAGCCACGCCCUUAUUUAAAACCAAAAUUAAUCUUCUAACUGGGCCAAUUCGACCAAGUGUGCCAAAUUUUGUGGUGCUUUGAGCUGUCUUAAGUCCCUGAAGAAAUCUACUUCCUUUAAUGGCGAACAAAGGGUCGUCACGGCAACAGACAGAGACAUGUGGACAUGGGCCUUAAAAUGUCGUAUUACGAAAGGUCUUGUAACUACAAUGAAAAACCUGAAAAGAAAUGGACAUGUAUAAGUAAAAUGAGUCAAUUUCUGUUGCCACUAGUUGGCGCUGCAGAGUUGCUGCAAAUGACCCCUACAGGACCCUUUAGUACAUUAGUAUGUUUCAUCAGGCAACUGAACACAAGUUUUAAGACUCCCCUGAUGCAGGUUUGAGGUCAAUUGAUUUUAUUCCUCAUGGAGGAAGGGCCUUUCUCUUUAAGAAAAAAAAAAGUGUUUCUAUUUCCCAGCAUGGGGCGCCAGGCCUAAUGGGUAAAUAUUUCAAUGCAGUCGUGUUCAGGCUGGGAUACACCUCAUACAUGCCAGGUAUGAAAAAGACUGAACCUUGUAUCAGGGAGUUAUUAAUCAUUUACUGAAUUUGCUGUGUUGCCAAAAAAAUGGCCAACUUUGGCACCCCGCCCAGAUCAGGCCCGUGAAUGAAAACCCACCAUUUUGAUAACUUAAAAUCUCAUAUGUCUCAUGAACAGUCUCAUCAAUUUUGAGAUGGAUCCAACCAACUCCCUAUGUACCAGUGUCUCAGAUAGGCACCCUGUAAGUGGAUAUAACUUUCACAUUCAAGCCAAAAUACCCAAUUUCCUGUUGGUUUUUGAACAUGACACUUUUUGGAGCAGUUUUUCACAAGGUAUCGACUCCCCAAAUUUCAUCCCUAUCUGUUGAAAAAACCUAAUAGGAGAGGCGUUUUUUAAAAAAUCCUUUCUGACGCAACUAGUUGGCGUUGUAGGGUUGAUGCAAAUGACCCCUAAACGACCCUUCAAGGUAUGACUCUCAGCAAGCACGGGAAGUUUGGUGCAGAUAUGUUGUAUAUGUGCAAGUUACGACUGUUCAAAAUUUGUGGUGAGACAAAAUGGCGACGGUCUUUUUCACUUUCCUUUUUGGACCCCUCUGCUUCAAUGAAACAUCAGUAACCCUUUUUCAUCAGGCACCUGAACACAAGUCUUAAGACUCCCCUGUUGCAGGUUUGAAGUCAAUUGAUUUUUUUCCCCGUGGAGGAGAAGCCCGUCUCGUAAAAAAAAAAAAAAAAAAAAAAAAAGGCGUUUCCAUUUCCCAGCAGGGGGCGCCAGGCCAAAUAGGUAAUAUUUUAAUGCAGUUGUGUUCAGACUGGGAUACCUCAUGCCAGAUAUGAAAAGACAGAAACUUGGGUCAGGGGAGUUAUUAGUCAUUUAUUGAAUUUGGCGUGUUGGCCAAAAAAUUGCCAACUUUGGCACCGCGCCCAGGUCAGAAUGAAUGAAAACCCACCAUUUUGAUAACUUAAGGUCUCAUAUGUCUCAUGGGCAGCCUCACCAAUUUUGAGGAGGAUCCACCUACCUCCCUAGGUGCCAAUGUCUCAGAUAUGCACCCUGUAACUAAAACACCCGAUUUCCUGCUGGGUUUGGAAUACGGGUGCAAGAGACUUUUUGGAGCAGUUUUGCACAAGGUAUCGACCCCCCAAUUUUCAUUUGUCUACAUUGAAAAACCCAAUAGGAGAGACCUUUUAGAAAAAUUCAAGGGGACGCCAUUGAGCCAUUUUAUUACGUUUUUUUUUCCGCAAGGCUGCAAAAUUAUUGAAAUGUACACAACGCCGCAUGUAUGUGCAAAUUUUGGUGAGUUUUUGAGCAUGUUAAGGCCUCCAAAUUGGCCAUUUCCAUUUGCCCUGGAAAUAAAUUAGUCAUAAUAAUGAUAAACAUUUGCAGAACAAUAGGGCUCUCGCACCACUCGGUGUUCGGGCCCUAACAAGCUGGAUAGCGGCUCUCGAGGACUGGAUUUGGGCACCCCGGUGUACUGUAAUUCUCCAAUUUUAACUUAGUUUAAGUUUCAUUGCCCCACAACUGCCAACAGAUGGCAGCGAUGCACCAUUUUAGAUAUGAGAUCAGCCCAGUUUGAAAGGUUUCUGGGAUGACAAAGCCAUGUUCCAUUGAUUUUCAGUUGAGAACAGAAAAAUGUACAAUCAAACUAUUUUUUUCCCCAAUGAAAGCAGAGAUUCCAUUCUUUCAUUUGGUAGAAUUGGUGUAUAUACCAUAUAUUCCUAGGACACAAUAUGUGUAUACAUCUUUAACAAUCAGUCAAACUGCUUUUAAAUAUCUGGCAUUGAAAAUGGUUGCCAGUGAAUGAGACAACUGUACAAAGCGUUUUUUU